AUGCGUGACUAUACUCUAAGCAACUAUUAUUUGAGCGAUACCAUUUGCCAAAACAGCCUUAUCCUUGUUAACGAUCGUCGUAAAAACAAGAGACUCACUGCAGAAUGUGAUGACGACAGGUGGAUACUGCAUCGGUUCAUGUUCCGCGUGAAGACUUUACCUUCUGGCGAGAACCCAAGCUUCUCCUCUAUAUGGGUAGAGGAAGUUCUGCCCAAUAUUCUCGAGCCUAAGGAGGGAUUCUGGUAUCUGGACGGUCCUAAUGCCUACUACAUCGACUACGGAUGCGAAGAAGGCCCCAUGAACCCGGACUCAGACGCAGAAUGCUUUGAAAGGGGCCAUGGCAUCAAUAAUUACCUCCAGACUAUCCUCAACUCAUUCGGAAACCCAACGCGUAUUAUAGUCAAUCCUCAUGGCCGAGAUGUUCUCAAAUACUAUUGGUGGGGUAGUUGCCCAGAAUGUGAUGGACAUGGCUCGUUCUGCCCCCGUUGUAGUGGCAAUCGCUGGCCAGAUCUCCUUGGCAGCAGCUGUUCAGAUCAGUCCUGUUAUGUUUGUAUGGGAUAUGAUUUUGCCCUUGCUGAUAAGAUUGACAUCAUGGAACUGGACAGACUCAAGCGCAUACUCUGUUCCGAAAUCGGGAAGAUGAAAGAGGGGAGGUCACGCUACACUGUCACCGAAUUAAGGGAAAUGAAAGAAGAUGUCAUUUUGGGUGAGAGGGAGAGAUAUGAGGCCAUCAAUCGCCGCAGGAAAGAAAUGGAGCUGAUACAAGAGGAUGUCGAAGAGAUAUUGGAGGAUACUGACAUGUGGCUUUGGAUCGACCCUGACCUCAAAGAUAGUGAGGAUAUCGAUGUUAGCGAUCUGGGAAAAAGUGGGAAUGAGACUGAUGAUAGUACUAUCACCAUCUAA